AUGGAUUACGACCUCACUGAAGAGGGAAUAGAAGCCUUCCACUCGAUACACGAACGGUUGUCAUCAUACAUGGUGGAAAAAGAGGCUUACGAUCGCAUUGCAACCUUAGAGGUCGUCAAUGAAGAACUUGCUGAUCCGGAGGAUGAAGAGGAAGUCCAUAUUCAGCUCGCUCCGGCGGCGCUCGACGAUACACCUCCCAAGGUUAAAGACCCUACUGAGAAGGUCAACCUGGGUACUGUAAGCGAGCCUAUGGAAGUAUCCAUCAGUGCUUACCUAGAGCCUAACGAGAAACAGAGGCUCAUCGAACUAUUGCUAGAGUUCAAGGAUUGCUUCGCGGAGAAGUAUGAGGACAUGCCCGGCCUGUCACCAGACUUGGUUUGUCAUCAAUUACCAACUCUUGCUGACAAGAGGCCCGUCAAGCGAGAACCUCGACGAAUGAACUCAGAGACCCAGAUUCUGGUAAAGGAAGAGGUUUUAGAGGUAUACAUUGAUGACGUAGUCGUCAAGUCUCAGAAGCGAGGGGAUCACAUCGCGGAUCUCAGGAAAGUGUUUGAGCGCAUGCGCCGACAUAGACUCAAGAUGAACCAGGCCAAGUGUGUGUUUGGGGUUCAAGCAGGGGACUUUCUGGGGUUUAUAGUCCACCAGCGAGGAAUUGAGGUCCCCGAGGACAAGGCAAGGAAAAUCCAGCCCUUCUCACCUUUGCUGAGACUACAAGGACAGAAUGAAUUUGUGUGGGAACCCAAGCAUCAAGAGGCUUUCGACAGUAUCAAGGCCUAUCUGGCAAACCCACCAGUCUUGGUUCCACCUAGAACCGGGGUCCCGUUAAAGCUGUACAUCUCAGCAACCGACGCCUCCAUUGGUAGCCUGCUCGCUCAGGACGAUGAGGACGGUGUCGAGCACGCUAUAUUUUAUCUCAGCCAUGUACUGACAGAUUGCGAGACAAGAACAGAUACUCUGGCCGGCGCAGGGAUUGUUCUGGAGAACCCUGCCGGUGAUCGUUUCUCUUAUUCUUUCCAGCUCACGUUCCAAUGUACUAAUAAUCAGGCUGAAUAUGAAGCUCUUAUCAUUGGACUCGAAGUCUUGUUGGAAAUGGGCGUCCGGGACGUUCAGAUUCGCGACGAUUCUCAGCUCGUUAUCAAUCAGCUUCUGGAAAAAUAUCGCUGUACGAGUUGGCUGCUCAUCCCAUACCUGAAUCGCGCCAUUGAGCUUCUGGACCAAUUUACAGAUGUUGAUAUGGAGUAUAUACCACGUGAACGUAACUUUGCUGCUAAUGAGCUCGCUCAGUUGGCUACAGGCAUUACCUUGAAGUACGGAGUGCGCGAGCGCAUUCUGAAAGUUGAGCGUCGCACACUACCUUCGUGGCUUGCUCGACCUGAUCCUCCAGAUGAUCCCGUGGUUGCGGUACUAGAGCCCAUUGAUGUUUAUUGGCGGAUUCCACUGAUUGAAUACCUCAAACAACCAGACUCCAGCGCUGAUAGGAAGAUUCGUUUCCUCGCAUUGAAUUACUUCCUUAGAGGCGAUGAACUGCGCAGACGUGGAGAAGAUGGUAUAGAUUUUCGAUGUGUCUACGGUCGCGAAGCCAAGAGAUUGAUGCGCGAGGUGCACACGGGGAUAUGUGGAUCUCAUCAAGCUGGACCUAAGAUGCGUUGGCUCCUCCGACGUCAUGGUUAUUAUUGGCCCAGCAUUUUGAAGGAUUGUAUUGCAUUCACCAAAGGCUGUGCGGACUGUCAAGCACACGGUCCUGUCCAGCAUCACAAGUUUAUCAUCGUCGCCACUGAUUACUUCACGAAAUGGGUUGAAACAGAGCCUCUGAAGGAGGCCUCCGGCCCUACCAUUCGCCAGUUUAUUUUCCGUAAUAUUCUAUGCAGGUUUGGUAUCCCUGAAGUGCUGAUGUCGGACAGGGGGGCAGCGUUCAUGGGAGGCCUCGUGGAGGAGCUGGUGAAUGAUUUUGGCAUUCAAUUCAUACAUAGUACUCCGUACUAUGCUCAAUCUAAUGGUCAGGCGGAGGCGAGCAACAAGACAAUCAUCACCUUACUGAAGAAGAUGUUGGUGGAGAAUCCUUGA